ACCUGUCCAGAACAAUAUGAAUAUAUCGUUGUAUGACCAUUGAGAAACGUUAGAAUGACUGGACAUUUGAAUGUAUAUAUAGAUAAUCAGUUAGUCAGGCGACCCUUCGACGCCCACGUGACUACAGUCAGUUUGACAGAACGACAACAUUGGCAUUUAUUCCGCGCGCCAGCCGCGCGUGGCUCCUUCUCCUGCGUCGUGUUUACAUCGUGCGUCACUACGUUGCUGUGCGCUCCCGACCGUAAAACCCCGUUAAUAAACCAUUGACGUUUCGAAAAAGACAUCUUCUUCUCCUUCAUAAAAGCUAAUUUAACCAGAACACCUUCAAAAAAAAAGUCAGUCCGUAGAACCUAAAAAUCCAUUGACGUUUCGAAACAGAUAUAUUUUUCUUCUUAAACGCUCAUUUAACCAAAACACCUUAAAGUCAGUCUGUAGAAAAAGUGGGUUGAAGUUUACACUUUAUCUUCAACUGAUAGGUCCGUUACGUUACGGCACGGGGGGCAUCGUCGCGACUCCCACCGCUGAACUCCUUUCAGUCUGGAAACCCGAUAGGAGGGAGGGAGCGAGGGGCGCAGCUGAUCAGCACUGGCGGGGCUAAAAAUAAAAAGUAUCUUUCACGUUUCUGCUUAUACUUUCUCCUUCACUGUCUCAUCUAUCGUGUAUCCUUACAUUAUAGGUGGCCAAAUCGGAAUGAGACUUUGAGUGUGAAUAAAGAGCCGAGAGUUUGAACCUUGAAGCGAGGCUUGUGUGGCCCAAUCAGGCAGGUGGCAUGGCCUUGUCAUUCUGUGGGGUUAACAAGGUGAAUAACUCGUACAGCGUGGAUGGAGGUGUGCUCAACAAUGGCUGCUUCGUCGACGCCCUGAACCUUGUGCCCCAUGUCUUCCUGCUCUUCAUCACCUUCCCCAUCCUCUUCAUCGGCUGGGGCAGCCAGAGCUCGAAGGUACAGAUCCACCACAACACAUGGCUCCACUUCCCCGGACACAACCUGCGAUGGAUCCUCACCUUCUCGCUGCUAUUUGUCCACGUGUGCGAGUUCGCAGAGGGCCUCGUCUCCAGCAAGGGAAUGGAUUCCAACUAUCUCCACCUCUUCAUGCCUGCGUUCAUAGGCUUCAUCGCAGGCACAACUUCAGUGGUCUACUACCACAACAUAGAGACCUCCAACUUCCCCAAACUGCUGCUUGUCCUGUUCAUAUACUGGGUGCUGGCCUUCAUCACCAAGUCCAUCAAGCUGUGGAAGUACACUGAGUACUACGUGGGGCCACGUCACCUGCGGUUUUGCAUCACAGCCUUGCUGGUCAUCUUGUACGGGCUGCUGAUGGCAGUGGAGGUCAACGUCAUCAGGGUCAGGAAGUACGUGUUCUUCGCCAACCCUCAGAAGGUGAAGCCCCCCGAAGACCUGCAGGACCUGGGGGUUCGAUUCCUCCAACCCUUUGUUAACCUGCUCUCAAAGGCCACGUACUGGUGGAUGAACCCGCUGAUCAUGGGAGCCCACCGGAGGCCCAUCGAGCUGAAGAAGAUCGGCAAGCUCCCCUUCGCCAUGAGGGCCCUCACCAACUACCUACGCCUGAAGGACGCGUACGAGGGCCAGCGGACCCCGGUGGACCCGGAGCGCUCUCCCUCCAUCUGGCGCUCGGUGUACCAGGCGUUCGGCCGGCCCAUCCUACUCAGCAGCACCUUCCGCUACCUGGCCGACCUCCUGGGCUUCGCGGGUCCGCUCUGCAUCGCCGGCAUCGUGAAGAACCUGAAGAACGGCAACAACAGCGCUCUGCCCAAGGAGACCUUCUUCGGCGUGGAGUUCAUGUCGUCCACCGAGCUGCUCCAGAACACCUCGGUCCUCGCCGUCCUCCUCUUCCUCGCGCUCAUCCUGCAGCGCACCUUCCUCCAGGCCUCCUACUACGUUUCCAUAGAGACGGGCAUCAACCUCCGCGGCGCUCUGCUGGCCAUGAUCUACAACAAGAUCCUGCGUCUGUCCACCUCCAACAUGUCCAUGGGCGAGCUGACCUUGGGGCAGAUCAACAACCUGGUCGCCAUAGAAACCAACCAGCUGAUGUGGUUCCUCUUCCUCUGCCCCAACCUGUGGGCCAUGCCCGUCCAGAUAGUGAUGGGGGUGAUCCUGCUCCAUUACCUGCUGGGCUACAGCGCUCUGAUCGGGGCCUCUGUCAUCCUCCUGCUGGCGCCCGUCCAGUACCUCAUCGCCACCAAGCUGGCCGACACACAGAAGAGCACGCUGGACCACUCGACGGACCGUCUGAAGCAGACCACGGAGAUCCUGAAGGGCAUCAAGCUGCUGAAGCUCUACGCCUGGGAGAACACCUUCUGUGACCGCGUGGAGCAGACCCGCGGCAAGGAGCUCACCAGCCUGCGCACCUUCGCCCUCUACACCUCCCUCUCCAUUUUCAUGAACACAGCCAUCCCCAUCGCGGCCGUUCUUGCGACGUUUGUGGCCCACCACUUCUUGGACAAGGAAGGGCCCACCCCCUCAGAGGCCUUCGCGGCCCUGGCCCUCUUCCACAUCCUGGUCACCCCCCUCUUCCUGCUGUCCACCGUGGUGCGCUUCGCCGUCAAGGCCCUCGUCAGUGUGGAGAAGCUUGGCGAGUUCCUCCAGAGCGACGAGAUCGGCGACGACAGCUGGAGGAACGGCGAUGUGACCGUUUCCUUGGACACGUACAAGAAACCCCCCGGCGUGACCAAGGCCAUCAACAGGAAGCAGCCCAUGCGCUACCAGUUGGACAACUACGAGCAGCCAACCAGACGACAGAACCGGCCCCCAGAGACCGAGGACGUUGCUGUGAAGGUGACCAAUGGCUUCUUCACCUGGGGAAGCAACUUGUCCACGUUGUCAGACAUCAGCAUCCGAAUCCCCACAGGCCAGCUGACCAUGAUUGUAGGCCAGGUGGGUUGUGGGAAGUCCUCUCUACUGCUGGCCAUGCUGGGAGAGAUGCAAAUCCUGAACGGACGAGUCAGCUGGAGCAAGCUGCCUGAAUGUGAGAUGCUCCACGAGGGCAACAUAAGUAAGAACCGCUACUCAGUGGCGUACGCAGCCCAGAAGUCCUGGCUGCUCAACGCCACGGUUGAGGAGAACAUCACCUUCGGAAGCCCGUUCAGCAAACAGAGGUACAAGGCUGUGAUCGAGGCUUGUUCUCUGCAGCCAGAUAUCGACCUGCUGCCCUUCGGAGACCAGACGGAGAUCGGAGAGAGAGGGAUCAACCUGAGUGGAGGUCAGCGACAGAGGAUCUGCGUCGCUCGGGCUCUCUACCAAAACACCAACAUUGUCUUCCUGGACGACCCCUUCUCGGCGCUGGACAUACACCUCAGCGAUCACCUGCUGCAGGAGGGGAUCCUCAAGUUCCUGCAGGACGACAAACGCACGGUGGUGAUUGUAACCCACAAGCUGCAGUACCUCAUCCACGCUGACUGGAUCAUAGCGAUGAAGGAGGGCUCGGUGCUGAGGGAGGGCACUCUGAAGGACAUCCAGACCCACGACGUGGAGCUCUACGAGCACUGGAAGACCCUGAUGAACCGGCAGGACACGGAGCUGGAGAAGGACACCGAGCUGGACAGCCAGACGGCCUUGGAGAGGAAGACUCUGAGGAGGGCUUUCUACUCCCGGGAGACCAAGAACCAGAUCGACGACGAAGACGAAGAGGAAGAGGAGGAGGAGGAAGACGAUGAUAACAUGUCCACCACGACCAGCAGACGAUCCAAGAUCCCAUGGAGGGUAUUCACCCGUUACCCAUCUGUCUUCCACCUGGCCGUCAUCCAUCCAUACACCGGGCCGUUAAUCCCACCAUCAAACCAUCCAUGCAUCCAUUCGUCUAUCUAUCUGACCUUCGAUCUGUCCAGCAGUCCAUUAGUCCAUUCAUCCUCAAACCUUCCAUCUAUGCACCUGGUGUCGUCCAUCACGGCGGCGGAGCAGGUGCUGGUGUUCUCCUCGGGGAUCCUGGUGGAGUGCGACUCUGCCGCCGCCCUGCUGGCCCAGGAGGACAGCCUCUUCAGGGUGCUAGUGCGGAGCCACAAGUAG